GUUAUCGUGAAAACAAUUUUCAUCCAUGGUAUGAGUCCUGAUGAAGAAAAAUCUAUUAUGGGUGAAGUGAAGUUAUUACAAAAGAUGCAUCAUCCGAUGAUCAUUGGCUAUUACGAUUAUUUUGUAUUUGAAAAUCAACUUGCUAUAGUAAUGCAGUAUGCUGAAGGUGUAGUUAUGAAAAUAAAUUCUGCUCAAGUUGCAGGAGUCAACUUCCCUGAAGCUCAAGUGCUCAACUACUUUACACAGAUUCUCAUUGCUCUUAAUCACAUCCACUCAAAGCAUAUUGUGCACAGAGAUCUCAAGACACAAAACAUUCUAUUGAACAGGAAAAAAACUCUUGUAAAAUUAUCCGACUUCGGGAUAUCAAAAGAACUUACCACGAGGAGUCUCGCAUCGACCGUCAUCGGCACCCCUAAUUAUUUGAGCCCUGAAAUAUGCGAAGGAAGAGCUUACAAUCAAAAGAGCGAUCUGUGGUCAUUGGGUUGUGUGCUAUACGAGCUACUCGAGCUAAAACGCGCUUUCGACGGUGAAAAUUUGCCAGCAAUUGUUAUGAAGAUUACUAAGUUCUCAUAA